UGCCACCAUUCUCCAACCGAGAAUCGCUUCCGAACAAAAGCACGUUCAUAACCGCUUCCCAAUAGCAUGCCGACCAAAACUCUCUUUUCACUAACAUUUCAGUAAAAAGUCACACACGGUCUCAACACAGCCACCACCAAACUCUACAAAACACAAAUAAACAAAAAUGUUGGGCUGCGGCCAAGAAGAGAUUGAACUGUCACGGGAUGGCAGCCACUACAGUCUCUCCACCGGAAUACUUCCGUCUCUCGGAGCCAAAAGCAACCGCAGAAUCAAGCUGCGCCGCUUUAUUCUAUCGCCCUACGACCGCCGUUACAGGAUAUGGGAAACUUUCCUUAUUAUUCUGGUAUUUUAUACUGCCUGGGUUUCUCCCUUCGAAUUCGGAUUCUUGAAGAAGCCAGAACCACCGCUUUCCAUUACGGACAAUAUUGUGAAUGGAUUUUUUUUCGUGGAUAUAGUUCUGACCUUCUUUGUGGCUUACAUUGACAAAAGCACCUAUUUGAUCGUGGAUGAUCGGAAACAGAUUGCUUGGAAAUAUGGAAGGACUUGGCUGGCCUUCGAUGUUAUCUCCAUCAUUCCUUCAGAGCUUAUACAAAAGAUAUCACCUUCUCCUCUUCAAUCUUACGGUUUAUUCAACAUGCUUCGCCUAUGGCGUCUUCGGAGAGUCAGUGCUUUGUUUUCUCGGCUUGAGAAGGACAGAAACUAUAACUAUUUUUGGGUUCGGUGUGCCAAGCUUAUUUCUGUUACCCUCUUCGCUGUUCAUUGUGCUGGGUGUUUCUAUUAUCUUAUUGCUGCACGUUAUCAUGAUCCAAAGAAGACGUGGAUUGGUUCAACGAUGGAUAAUUUCCUUCAACACAGCUUGUGGUCAAGAUACGUGAUGUCUAUUUACUGGUCUAUUACUACCUUAACAACUGUCGGUUAUGGAGAUUUGCAUCCAGUGAAUUCAAGGGAGAUGACCUUUGACAUCUUUUAUAUGCUCUUUAAUCUGGGGUUAACAGCGUAUUUGAUUGGUAAUAUGACCAAUUUGGUUGUCCAUGGCACAAGUCGAACCAGAAAAUUUAGAGAUACCAUCCAAGCUGCCUCAAAUUUUGCGCAAAGGAAUCAAUUGCCUCAUCGGUUGCAAGACCAAAUGCUUGCCCACUUGUGUUUGAAGUAUAGAACAGACUCGGAAGGUUUGCAGCAGCAAGAGACACUUGAUUCUCUUCCUAAGGCCAUCAGAUCCAGCAUUUCACAUUAUCUUUUCUAUUCUCUGAUCGAUAAGGUCUACUUGUUUCACGGGGUUUCGAAUGACUUGCUCUUUCAAUUGGUGUCAGAGAUGAAAGCUGAAUAUUUUCCACCCAAAGAAGAUGUUAUCUUGCAAAAUGAAGCCCCCACUGACUUUUAUAUACUGGUCACUGGUGCCGUGGAACUGGUAGUUCUUAAAAAUGGGGUUGAACAGGUUGUUGGAGAGGCCAAAACUGGUGAUCUUUGUGGUGAGAUUGGUGUGCUCUGUUACAAGCCACAGCUUUUCACCGUUCGAACGAAGCGACUGAGCCAGUUGCUGAGGCUAAAUCGGACUACUUUCUUGAAUAUUGUUCAGGCCAACGUGGGAGACGGAACCAUUAUCAUGAAUAAUCUGCUUCAGCAUUUAAAAGACCUCAACGAUCCAAUCAUGGAGGGAGUUUUGGUGGAGAUUGAGACCAUGUUAGCUCGUGGUAGAAUGGACCUACCAGUGAGUGUGUGCUUUGCGGCAGCAAGAGGGGAUGACUUGUUGUUACAUCAGUUGCUGAAACGAGGAAUGGAUCCAAACGAAUCCGACAACAAUCGAAGGACAGCUUUGCACAUAGCAGCAUCUCAAGGGAAAGAAAACUGUGUUCUGCUUCUGUUGGAUUAUGGGGCGGAUCCUAACAUUACAGAUUUGGACGGUAAUGUGGCACUAUGGGAGGCUAUGGUGGGAGAACAUGAGUCAGUGAGGAAGGUGUUGGCAGAAAACGGAGCUAACUUGCAAUGCGGGGAUGUGGGCCAGUUUGCAUGUAGCGCUGUUGAGCAGAACAAUUUGAAGUUGCUGAAGGAGAUAAAGCGGUACGGAGGAGAUAUCACCCUUCCGAGCAUCAACAGUGGGACCACAGCAUUGCACGUUGCAGUGUCGGAGGGCAACGUUGAAAUGGUGAAAUACCUUUUGGAUCACGGGGCAAGCAUUGACAAGCCGGACAAGCAUGGCUGGACCGCCAGAGGUCUGGCAGAUCAGCAAUCACAUACAGAAAUAAAAGCCAUUUUUGACUCUACUGGGGACCCUAAGGUUCACUCUUCCCUUUCCAUUCCCGAGAAGCAGAGUGCGUUCAGGUUCCUUGGAAGGUUCACUAGUGAGCCAACCAUGCCUUUACCCCUUGAGGGUUCAUUUCAUGGAGCGGAUGCCUCUUUGAGCCAGAGCCAGAGACAGAGCCAGAACCGUCCAAGGCGUAGGAGCAGCAAUUAUCAUAAUUCACUCUUGGGGAUAAUGGUGGCAGCACAUAAUGGGGAAAAGGACCUGCUUUUGCCUCUUGACAUGAAUAACACGGGAAGCAAUGGCAUGAAGAGUAGUAGUCCAGCUAGAGUGAUUAUUAGUUGCCCUGAGAGGGGUGAGGUUGUGGGGAAGCUUGUUUUACUACCUGGAAGCUUUCAAGAGCUGCUUGAGAUUGGAGCCAAAAAAUUUGGUUUCUAUCCUGCCAAGGUUGUUUGCAAAGAUGGAGGUCAAAUUGAAGAUUUAGAGGUUAUUAGAGAUGGUGAUCAUCUGGUCUUUCUCGGUGCUGGUGAGUUGUAGAAUCCAAGUGUCCAACUCCAGCACCACUUUAGGAUGGCAUGCAUGUGUAGAGUAUGCGUAUGCGUAUAAGAAACGUCUUUACUAUCACUGUAAUUUUUUCCCGGUCUUAUAUUUUGAUCUCAAAUGUAAAUCUUUUAGCCCUCUUAUCAAUUUUUCUUAUGUGGAAUAAAAUAUUUUCCCCUUCUGUUAC